UAGAGGAACAAGGCCCAUCAUCAUAAGCAAAUAACUGAAGAGUGAGCUUACUGGUAGGUGGCGGGAACAAAGUAGCCGCAUCCAGCCGUUCAUCCAGUAGGAUCGGACGGAGAGGAUCAUAAUGGGUCCCGCAGGGAUAUCUGAAGGGAGCAGCCACGUCGAAGCACCAGACUCGCGCGUGAAGCCCUCAAAAGGCCGAGCCCCGCCCUUCCCCCUCACACCAUCUCCUCCUUCUUCUUCUUCUUCUUCUUCUUCUUUAAUAGAUAUCGGAAACAGAGGAAAAAAAUCAAAUGGAGAGAUGGCGGGAUGGAGCAUCCAAAUCGCCACAAUGUCGGUACCGAGAUCACCCCUCCUUCUCUUCCACUCUGCUCGACGCCAUCUACCGCUCGAUCGACGAUGAACACCGCGCUGACGGAGACUCUUUCUCUUCCAGGAAGAAACAGAGUGACGCGAGGAGAUGGAUUCCACCGGUUACCCUACCGGAAAUUGCCCGAUCCGGCCGCGAACACUGGAGCAGGAGAAGCUCCUGUUCUGCGGGAAAACCUCCGGUCACCCGAUCCAGCACCGAAAACUGGAAUCCCGCAACCUCGAGCUCCUCCGACGGAUCCAGCUACGGCGGUUUCUCUUCCUCCGAAACCGAAUCAGUCUCAACCCGCCUUCGCUCGAUCCGAAGCAGCCCGCCUAGAUCAUCGUCCUUCCCGGCCCGAUCGGGCGGAAACCGGCCCGCCACCCGCCAACCCCAGCCGUCGCUACCGACCAUAGCCGGUGCCGAGGAAAAGAGAGCCAAGAAGGAGCGGCAAGGCUCCAUUCGUAGUCGAUUACUUCGCGAGCUGAGAAAAGGACGAGCCCCUGCAUCUCCCGGCGCUCGCCUCGCCAACUUCCUCAACUCUCUAUUCGCAGCCAAAUCCAAGGUCUCAAGAAACGCCGUCGCCGGCGUCGAGGAGUCAGUGUGCUCGUCGGCAUCAUCUUACUCUCGAUCAUGCCUGAGCAAGACAACUUCAUCCAGGGGGCAGCCAGCAUCAGUUAAGAGAACUGUGAGAUUCUGUCCAAUUAGUGUGAUCGUCGACGAAGAUUGCCGCCCUUGCGGCCACAAAUGCGUCUACGCCGGAGAUCGACCUCCGACGUCGGUGCCGGUGAGAAGUGUGGCCGAGAUGUUGAGAAGCUCGGAGCUGGAAGAAGAGGAGGAGGAUGACGAGGAGGAGGAUGGAGAGAGCGAUUCGAGUUCAGAUCUGUUUGAGUUGGAGAAUCUGGCGAUCAUCGGGCGGUUUCGCGACGAACUCCCGGUGUACGAGACGACGAGGCUCGGGAGCUACAGUGGUAUUUCCCACCGUUUGGUUCUAUGACUAAAAUGCCCCGAUAAAAUCUGAGAAUGAAGAAUAAUAAGGACUAAAUAACAAUGGAGAAAAUGAGCUUGUAAUGUGUUAAAUUUUGAAAAAAUUAUUAUUUGCGGAGUGUGGAUCGUCCGCACAAGCACAGGCUACCAAGCGGUACCUAGCUGGGUACCCUAUACUUGUGUGCGGACGGUUCUCUCUGUCCGCACUCUGCAGCUCAUAAUCUCUCAAAACUUUGGGAGCUGAUGUUAAUUAGGGUUUUAAAUGGUGAAAUUUGAUAAGUUUUAAUAGUUUGGAGAAAAAUGAUUAAUUUAUUGGGUGUUUGAUUCAA